UGCACCCCGACUGGCGAACACGACACUGUGCUCGACCAACAACGAUGUUCGGUACCUAGGCUAAAGCACUCUCGUUUAAUCUGCAGCAAACCGAGAGGAGAGGGGAGCAACCUACCCAAACAGCGAGAGAGGAAGAGUCAGGGAGAGAGAAAGAGGGGGAGAAAGCAACGGGAGGAGAGUCAGCACGUUUGUGGAGUAAAUAAGAACGGUUGGACCUGUGAAGAUCUAUAAGGAUUGUGUGUUAUUCUUUGAAUAAGCACAACUGCGCUGAUUCGUAAAGUAUUUAUUCAGGCAAUCAAAAUGUCAUCGUCUGGCAAAGACAACACUGGUGCCCAACAUGCCAAUUACGUGGGACCGUAUCGCUUGGAAAAGACGCUUGGCAAAGGACAGACAGGUCUGGUCAAGCUGGGUAUUCAUUGCGUCACGUGCCAGAAAGUCGCAAUAAAGAUUGUCAACCGGGAGAAACUUAGUGAAUCAGUACUCAUGAAGGUGGAAAGGGAAAUAGCGAUACUGAAGCUUAUAGAGCACCCUCACGUUUUAAAGCUGCAUGAUGUCUACGAAAAUAAGAAAUACUUGUAUUUGGUGUUAGAGCACGUCUCAGGUGGGGAGCUCUUUGACUACCUGGUAAAGAAGGGACGGUUAACACCCAAGGAGGCCAGGAAGUUCUUCCGACAGAUCAUAUCAGCACUGGACUUCUGCCACAGUCACUCCAUAUGCCACAGGGAUCUGAAGCCAGAGAACCUGUUGUUAGAUGAAAAGAACAACAUCAGGAUAGCAGACUUUGGCAUGGCCUCUCUACAGGUCGGGGACAGUCUGCUGGAGACCAGCUGUGGAUCUCCACACUACGCAUGCCCAGAAGUUAUAAGGGGGGAGAAGUACGAUGGUAGAAAAGCAGACGUAUGGAGCUGUGGGGUCAUCCUCUUUGCCCUUUUGGUGGGAGCAUUACCAUUCGACGAUGAUAACUUGAGGAACCUGUUGGAAAAGGUGAAGUUGGGAGUGUUCCACAUGCCCCACUUCAUCCCUCCUGACUGUCAAAACCUGCUUCGGGGCAUGAUCGAGGUGGACGCAACAAAACGGCUAACGUUAGAACAGAUCCAGAAGCACAACUGGUACAUAGGGGGUAAGAAUGAACCCGAGCCAGAGCAACCUGUUCCCAGGAAGGUAGCUAUACGGAGCUUGCCUUCUGCGGAUGACAUCGAUCCGGAUGUACUGGACAGCAUGCACUCCCUGGGCUGCUUCCGAGACAAGAACAAACUGAUGAAGGACUUGCUCUCAGAAGAAGAUAACCAGGAGAAAAUGAUUUACUUCCUGCUGCUGGACCGUAAGGAGAGAUACCCUAGCCAUGAAGACCAGAACCUGCCCCCACGCAACGAGAUUGAUCCCCCGAGGAAGCGUGUGGACUCCCCUAUGUUGAACCGUCAUGGCAAAAGGAGACCGGAGAGGAAGUCAAUGGAAGUGCUAAGUGUCACAGAUGGAGGCUCACCCGUUCCGGCCAGGAGAGCCAUCGACAUGACACAGCACGGACAGAGAUCACAGUCCAUAAGUGGAGCAUCUUCCGGUCUCUCCACUAGCCCGAUCAGUAGUCCACGGCCUGUCCGAAAGUUUGGUGUGCCGCCAUUAUCUCUAGACCUCUCCCAGUCGCCCAACACCAGCCCCAGCCCCUGCCCCUCUCCCCGCACCAAUCGUACAGUCGCCCACCGUGCCCCGGACACCUUGGCCCCGGACAGUGGGCUUCUGCUCUCCCCUGACCCCAGCACUAAAACUGUUCUAACCAAGCCCAGACUUGCCCCUAAACCACUCGUGACCACCCGCUCUAACCCCCUUCCAGAGAUGCACCCCCUUGUCCCAGCUACAGGUCCCCCUAAGUCAGAGACAUUCAUCCCCUGCCAACAACUAUCCACUUCAUCUUCUGCCACCUUGGUCCCUUCCCCCUUGACCUGCCCGAGCAGCCUCAUGGGGCCACAGCACCUAUCUCUAACCACAGCCACACUCCCCCAGCUUUCAGUCACCCCCGCCGUGGCACCCUUUUCACCCAUUCAGCUGCAUCACAUCCAUCCAGUUUCUCCUGUGCCCUUGUCCGCCCCAUCUUCCUCACACUCGGGCACUGAUUACGGUCCCAAAUCUAUCCCCUUAAUACAGGUGACCCCUCACCCCUCCCCCCGGGGAAGCCCCCUCCCAACCCCAAAGGGCACCCCAGUGCACACACCCAAGGAAAGCCCAGCGGGCACACCCAACCCCACACCACCUCCCAGCCCGUCAAUUGGUGGGCUGCCCUGGAGAACGCGUCUAAACUCCAUCAAGAACAGCUUCCUCGGCUCACCGCGAUUCCAUCGCCGGAAACUACAAGUUCCCACACAAGAGGAGAUGUCAAGUCUCACACCAGAGUCUUCCCCAGAACUUGCCAAAAAAUCCUGGUUUGGUAAUUUCAUCAACCUGGAGAAAGAGGAGCAGAUCUUCAUUGUAAUCAAAGACAAGCCCUUGAGCUCCAUCAAGGCUGACAUCGUCCAUGCCUUUCUCUCGAUUCCUAGUCUAAGCCACAGUGUGAUCAGCCAGACCAGUUUCCGGGCAGAGUACAAGUCCACAGCAGGCCCCACUGUGUUCCAGAAGCCGGUCAAGUUCCAGGUGGACAUCACCUACACAGAGAGCACUGCGGCCACAAAGGAGAACGGCAUCUACUCGGUCACCUUCACCCUGCUCUCAGGACCCAGCCGGCGCUUCAAGCGGGUGGUGGAAACGAUUCAGGGCCAGUUGCUGAGCACACACGACCAGCCGGGUGUCCAGCAGCUUUCUGGCAGCCCAUUGAGUAACUUCUUUGACGUAAUUGAAAAACUUUUUUCAGAGGAGAAGAAUGGCCAGGUGCCUCACCACUACCCCCCUGCCACCCCAUCCAUCCGGCACUGCUCCUCUUCCAUGCAAGAAGACACAAAAUGUCCUCCCACCUUGGGCCGAGACAAAGCCAGGAUGACAUCCAUUGGGACACUGGAGGAGGCCUAGACCAGGAAACUGUAACAGCAGUAGAGCCUAAAUAUUUGAAUUAUCCAGAAAACCUAUUAGAUCCUCCUCCUGCUUCCCUUCUCCACUAUGCCUUUCCCCUGACCCCUCCCAACUACUCCGUCGGCACACCAGCUGAUGGACAUUAGUUGAUGGAUCUGGGGACUGCUUUUCGAGGAGCGGGUUGCCAUGGAAACAGACGUCAUCACCCUCCCAACUCUCCACCCCUUCACCAACUUGAUCGGCAGUCCCUGAGAGACAAAACAGCUAUCUUAACCCUUCUGAUGCAGAGCACACAAAUGCGUGUAACACACUCAUGCAAAUGCUUUAAUUCCUUCAUAAGCACAUACAAACCCAAAUAAUCUGUCCUGACCCUCAUUUACUACGGAUUAUUCAAAAUAAUUUACACACACUCACUCCUACACAUGUACAGUAUACACAGAAAAACUCUGGGAUGUUAUAAUAAGAACAAACAACAAAUAAAUGUACAGAAUGAUGAGCCAGGAGAAGUAUGUGAAAAAGUUAGUUUAUCGGAGUAGCAUUGUCAAUGUGGACGCUUUCCCAGAUUGUAAUGUUUCUCUUUUUAAUGUUAUUUUCUAUGUAAAAAAAAUAGAUUUAAAAAUGAAACAUAAAAUAAAUGUUUAAUAGACUCACUACCAUUGCUGCAAACAAACUGGAAAAACUAUUUCAGACAGGAAAGAGUUAUAGGCAGUCUGGUGUCAGUGGGUGUGGGUCAUGGUCUGACAGUAUCUGGGGUUGUGGGAAGAGUAGGGGGUAAUCCAAAUGAAUGAUCUAUUCUGUUGUAGAGAUGAAAUUCAUUUCUUACGUAAAAAAGAAAUCUAGUCUAGUUGUGUCACUGUUUAGAUAUACCAGUAAGGCCAGGUAUUUACAAAUGUUUGCUUUUCCCUUUUCUUUCGCUGUGUUUUUUGUUUAUAGUCAUUUGUUUAUGAUUCUGAAUGUUUGAUUUGACCUGAGUACAUUUUCAUGGUACAAAUAUUAUUGUAUUCGACCUGUUUUAUCCCUUUUCCGCAGAGCACUUCGUUUCAGUUGUCAUGUAUAUUUAGUCUCAAAUACCAGCAGUAAGGGUGUGAGGAGAAAAAGUGUGAAAUGCAAUUGUGGAUAUUUUUGUAUUUUCCAUCAUUUGGUCAUAUUUGUUUUGCUUUUUCUGCUCCGUUUCCUAAUUUGAUAUUAUAACGUUAAUAUUUAUAUGAAAAAAAGCUGUUAGAUCAGUUGAAUGUUAUUUUUUUUUCUUUAUUCAUGUUUGUAAAUGUGGCAGCGUGCUUUCGUUUAGUCAAAGAAAAAAAUUACUUUCAUUUGUCUGACUUUGACCAGCAUUUUGUAAACUUCAAUGAACAACAUCUUACGGUUUGAAGGGGGUUGGGGUGGGGAGUGAGGGCUUGUUGUAUAUUUGAAGAAAAUAAUUUUACCUGUUAUUUAAGAAUGUAGACUUUUAGCUUCUUUUGGGGAGAAUAAUGCUCCUUGAUUAGUAUUUGCCGGCUUCACAUCAUUGUGCGGGUAGACCAGUCAAAGGCAUAAAAAAAUUACUUCAUCCACUCUUUUUCUCUUGUACAUAGACAAAUAUGGGGGUUGGAAUUUCUCUCCUCUACAAUGGGGAUAUUCCUGCUGUUUGCUUUUAGCUUGUAGUGCUGUGUGCAUGUCAAACAGGAGCUUUUCUUUGCAUGGCUUCAAUGUUAAUGCUCCUUACAUCUCACUCUCUCUGCCCUUAGCCUAUCACUUCUCUCAUGUUAUGUUCAGUCUCCUCCUCCUCUUCCCUCCAUUUUCUCUUGUUUAUUUUCUUCUAUCUUUCCUUGAGCCCCUCUCUUUCUCUCCUUUUACUUUCUAUUCUGUUGUGUGCAGCGUUUAAAGUAAUGCUUCUUGCUCUGUCCAUCUCUAUAAGGCAGUAAGGGGCGGCAUGCUGAGGGCACAGGGAGCUAGGGGAAUCACACAAUCCUGGCUGGAAUUCUAUAUUACACCCUUUUCCUAUGUAGUGCACUUUGAGCCCUAUGGGGUCCUGGUCAAGUAGUAGUGUAAUGUACUAUUUAGGAAGAAGGCUGUCAUUUAGGAUGUAGUCCUAAAGACAAAGCAAUACCUACUGUUACAUCUUUACCCUUACCCUUUUCCUCAUUGGGAAACAAUGCUGAGCACAUACAAUGAUAUACGGUUACAGAGCAUUAUGGGUACUGUAUUAUAUCAUGCUGCACCGAAAGCCACAAGUGCUCCUUUUAUUAUCACAGCAGGAAACAAACAAUCAAACCAUAUCACCCCCCUUGUAACACAACUGUGAGCAAAUUCAGUACGGAAAGACAACUCCAAUAAACUCAUUCAGUUAAGGUU